UCCUGGCCUUCCAUCGAUAAUCGGACUGUCUACGACGUACGCACGGAAUUGCUAGGUGGCAUGUCAGCCUCUAAUUCAUCAAGAUGAGAGGAAACGGGGUCGGGGAAGAGCAGGAGAAGCUGCUUGCAGCGCCCUUCGAGGAGAAGGUUCCUACGGUACCGGUACAUGUGGAAGAGGAGGCAUCCUGGAGGAAUCUUCCUCAUAAGAAGCAAUUGCUGCUACUGGCAUUAUGUCGACUCUCUACUCCGCUGUCGAAUGCAUGCCUGCUUCCCUACCUCUACUACCUAGUCCGGUCAAUAAUGUCUGAGCCGGAUCACCCAUCCGCCCCGCAAGAGAUCUCUCGCCUCACUGGUCUGUUGGUGGCAGCAUACCCGCUCGGUCAAAUGGCUACGAGUAUGCUCUGGGGAAGUGUAUCGGACGCUUAUGGGCGUAAACCAGCUAUCCUGGUAGGCCUCACAAUCAGCGUUGUGGCCAAUUUCUCCUUCGGAUUCUCGAGGUCAAUCGGCAUGCUGCUCUUCUGGAGAAUCCUUGCCGGCAUGGCUAACGGGAUACUCGGAGUGAUGAGAACGAUGACUGCGGAAAUUGUCAAGGACAGGAAGUACCGCUCGCGAGCAUUCCUGGCCCCGCCCGUGAUAUUCAAUUCCGGCCGAGUGGCGGCUCUAGCAAUCGGUGGAUGUUUAGCGGAUCCUGUGAAAAACCUGCCACGUUUAUUUGGACCGACCGGCAUUUUCAAUGUUUCGCGGAACGCUCAAGGAGUAGCUUGGGCGCUCAAAUAUCCAUAUGCUCUACCGGCUCUUUUCAACGGAACAGUCCUCGCGGUCUGUUUGAUAUUAGCUGCUCUCUGGCUUAAAGAAACUCUUCCGUUCAAGGAGAACGACUGGGAUCUGGGUCUUGCGAUCGGCAAAUCCAUCUCUGGGUUUCUGACGAAGAUGAUUCUGCGAAGACAGAAGUCGGGUUAUACCGCCGUACAAAUUGAAGAGGCCGAUGUACUUACAGCGGAUGCUUCCGUGGCCGAGGCCUCUUCAUCUGGUUUCUCCUCUGCGACAUACCCGCCCAAAGCCCAUCGCCUUCGCUUCCAGGACAUCUGGACCAGAGAUUUGGUAAAGACGUUGUUUGCAUUUGCUCUUCAGCCACUUCACAAUUCUACGUUCCUGCACGUUUUUCCGGUGUUCCUUUCCAUGCCUGUUGCUGAGAACAAGGACUCGACGAUUCUCAGGUUCACCGGUGGACUUGGACUUCCGUCUCCGACAGUUGGCCUAUAUCUUGCGGCCUUUGGAAUAUGCGGCAUCCUCCUCCAACUCUUCAUAUAUCCGCGGAUCCACAAGCGCAUUCGUACACUGGGGGUGUUGCGUCUGGCCAAUGCCAUCUUCCCCUUCGCAUACGUAUUCGCACCAUAUUUAUCCUUACUAUCGGGUCUACCGGUUGCCAAAUGGCCCGCCAUGGCCGCUGUCCUCUUCUCUCAAGUUAUGGCUCGCACUAUGGCCAUUCCAAGCACCGUCAUACUUCUUACAGAGGCAGCGCCACGGAAAAGCGUGAUGGGCACAGUUCAUGGAGCGGGUAACACGGUCAGUGCGAUGGCCAGCGCGAGUGGACCGGUCAUUGGAGGUAUGAUGCUCGCGUGGGGAAUAGACCAUGGGGCCAUUGGCCUGGUGUGGUGGUGUUGGCUGUUUGUUGUUGCGGUCACGGCGUUGGUAUGGAGUUUUGUGCUGCGGAGGUUAGAUAAGGAAGAGGGCGGAGAGAAAGGAGCCCUAGUUGGGGACUAGUAAAUGAAUAUCUGCUGAC